AUGGGUGUCCGCGGCGGCUCGGGGCUGUACGUGGGGCGCGGCACCGCCGCGCUGGGGGCCGCGGUGCUGCUGGCGCUGCUGGCCGCGCUGCUGGCCCUUGCCGCCCUGUACGGGCGCUGCCGGCACCCGCCGCCCCCCGCGCGCCCCGCGGCAGCACCCGGCCCCGAGCGCGGCUUGCCCGACGCCCCGACGGGGGUCUCGCUGCGGCGGCUGCCGAGGCACCUGCUGCCGCUGCACUACGAGCUGGAGCUGUGGCCGCGGGUGCGGCCGGGGCAGGAGGGUGCCCUCGGCUUCAGCGGGCAGGUGAACAUCACGGUGCGCUGCCGGCGGGACACGCGGAGCGUGGUGCUGAACAGCGCCGGCUUGCACUCCCACCGGGCCGCCGUCCUCGGGCCGCUGCCCCAGGCGGGAGCCGCCGUGGAGGUGGACGAGCUGCGGCUGGAGGAGGAGGGCGAGGUGGCGGUACUGGAGCUGCGCGAGCCGCUGCUGGCCGGGCGGCGAUACGUGCUGCAGCUGCACUUCCAGGGCCACCUGCGGGAGGGCCGCGAGGGGCUCUUCCUCACCCGCUACACCGACCUGGGCUGGAGCAGUAUGCUGGUUGCAUCCCAACUGGAACCAGCGUAUGCCAGGACAGUUUAUCCAUGUUUUGAUGAACCUGACAUGAAGGCCACAUUUAAUAUCAGAAUUGUCCAUGACCCAAGCUAUGUGGCUCUUUCCAAUAUGCCUGCUAUUGAUGUAUCUGAAAUGAAGGAUGAAAAUGGAAGCCUGUGGAGUGUUACCACCUUUAACACCUCGCUGAAAAUGUCGACUUACUUAACUGCUUUUGUGAUCUGUGAUUUUGACUAUGUCAACAGAACGGAGCGAGGAAAUGAGAUACGUAUCUGGGCUCGGAAAGAGGCAGUGAAAAACGGGUAUGUUGACUAUGCUUUGAAUAUCACAGGCCCAAUAUUUUCAUUUCUGGAAGACUUACUCAACGUCAGCUACCCUCUGCCAAAGACAGAUCUGGUUGCACUGCCUGACAUUGGAGGAGGUGCUAUGGAACACUGGGGACUGAUGACUUUUGAAGAAUCAGCAUUGCUGUAUCUCCCAAGCGACAAAUUCACGGGCAGAAAGACAAUGAUUGCCAUAAUUGUGUCACAUGAGCUAGCACACCAGUGGUUUGGAAAUCUGGUUACAAUGACCUGGUGGAAUGAUCUGUGGCUUAAGGAGGGCCUGGCAUCUUACUUUGAGAACCUGGGAGUGACCUUUGUUGAACCCAAGCUUUCACUGCAUAAAUUCUUUUAUGAUCGCACUGUGCAGCCUGUCUUAAAGCAAGAGAGUGACGUCGAUUUUCGAUCAGUGUCAGAAAGUGAAGACAAGGUCAACGGAUCAUUUUCAUUAAUGUCUCUGUUUGACAACAUCACAUACAACAAGGGGGCUUCUAUUACGUGGAUGCUUUCUGGUUUCCUGACUGAGAAGCUGUUUACCAGAGCUGUUAAUUUGUAUCUGAAAGAAUUUGCCUUUUCAAACGCUAAACAAGAUGAUCUGUGGAUCCACAUACAGUCGGUGGUAGAUGCACAAGAUGAAGUUCAGUUGCCAGCAUCUGUAAAAACAAUAAUGGAUUCCUGGACAUGCCAAAGUGGAUUUCCCAUUUUAACAUUAAAUACAACCACCGGCACAAUCAGUCAGGAAAAAUUUCUUAAUAAAAAGUAUGAAAACAGUACGGAUUUUUACAACAAUACUUGGAUUGUUCCUAUUUCUUGGAUGAGAAAUGGAUCAUCACAGCCCUUAAUGUGGCUUGAUAACAGCAGCAAAGUGUUUCCUGAAAUGCAACUGUCAGAAUCAGAAUAUGACUGGAUUUUGCUAAAUGUAAAUUUAAGUGGAUACUACAGAGUGAACUACGAUCAGUUAAACUUGAAAAGAUUAGUACACUUGCUUGAAAAUGAUCCAAAGGCUAUUCCUGCUGUCAGCAGGUUCCAGCUGCUAGAUGACACUUUUGCAUUGGCACAGUCUCGAUAUACUGAGAUUGAAGCUGCACUUGAACUGACAAAGUACCUUGCUAAAGAAGAUGAACUCUUCAUAUGGAAUAUGGUAUUGGUAUACCUAGUGCCUGACAAUUGGGAAAGUACUCUGAAAAACUAUGAAAUAUAUCCACUUUUGAAGAAAUACCUUUUAAAGAGAAUGUUGCCAAUAUACCAUUAUUAUGCAGGUUUUAUUCAUCAAAAUGUUGAUGCUUUGGAAGAUGACUAUUUUGCUCAAACGUAUUUGGGAAAACUUUUUGCAACAGCAUGCUGGCUGGGUCUCCAAGACUGCUUGGAUCUGUCAUCUGAACUGUAUGCUAAGUGGAUGGACAACCCUGAGUACAAAAUUCCAUCUUUAAUUAGAAGGACGGCCUGUUGCUAUGGUGUUGCAGUGGGAAGUGAUAAAGAGUGGAAUUUUGCAUGGGAAAUGUAUAAACGUAACGACUCCACAAAGGAAGAUAAAGACAUCCUCCUCUCUGCCAUGAGCUGUGCCAAAGAAUCAUGGUUACUUCACAGAUCCUUGCGCUGUGGACUCAGUGAUACACAAUUUUCUUCCAAUUGUACUUCAGCCAUCGUUGAAUAUGUAGCGUCUAAGGACAUUGGGCACCGCAUAGCGUGGGAAUUUGUUACAGAAAAUUGGUCACUUUUAAGUGAAAGGUAUGGGAAGCAAUUAUUACAUACCGUACUAAAAAUCAUGGGAAGAUUUGUCAAUACAGAUGUACAGAUCCAAGAGCUGCAGGUUUUCUAUAAUAAUACACUAGAAGAGGAUGAGAGAGAAGUUGCUACUCUACUACUGGAGAUUUCAAAAACUGAAAAUGUGGAAAGGAAAGAACUACUAACUAGAAUUGCUGAUUGGCUAGAUAAAAAUAUACAUGACUGAUUUGGGAAAAUAAUUUUCAGUAUGAUUUAGAGUGUGAUUCAGUAGCAUUUUGAUACUCAUUUUAAGAUGUAUUUAAAGAUAGACCAAAUUUUUAUGAUGCCUGAGAAUAUCUUCCCAAGUGGAAAUUCAGUCUAAACCAAUUCACAAAGAAUAGAAAGAUUCUGAUUUCAGAUCAGAAAUAAGAUAUACGUAGGUUGCUCCGAAAGUAAUACCUCAUAUUUAGUACCAUGGAAACUACAGCAGAUACAAAAGAGCACGUUAACACCAUUUGAUAGAGCAAACUCUCAGCUAUAAAACGUUAUCUUUCAACCUAGUCACCACAUUAGCUGUGCACUGUCACCAGUGAUGAAUAAAAGCCAGCAUGCUGUAUUCAUAAAAACCUGCACCGGCAGAGGAGACCAACUGUUUCACAGCUGCUACGAUGGCAUCAUUGCUAGGAAAAUGUUGCCCAUGCAGUCUGUCGUUCAUCAGCCCAAACGGAUGUACGUCAGUCGGAACCAAAUCCGGACUAUAAAGUGGGUGCAGUAGGACAGUCCAGGCAAGAUUGGCAAUGUGUUCCAUGAUCCUUAAACUGGUAUGUGGCCUGGCAUUACUGUAUUGGAAGAGAAAGGUUGUCUUCUUCCUUGGCCUGACUCUGUAAGUUGAGCCUUCAGCUUAGUUGGCAUUGCGAUGUAGAGGUCAGAGUUGAUGGUUUGUGUGGGUUCCAGGAAAUCCAGAAGGAUCACUCCUUUCCUAUCACAAAGGACAGCGCACAUCACUUUACCUACUGAGGCCUGCACCCUGAACUUUCUCUUAGAUGGCAAAUUCACAUGUCACCACUCCAUGGACUGCUGUUUAGACUCCAGGUUGUAGCAGUCACACUACAUCUUGUCACUGGUAAUGAUGCGAUUCAGAAAACUGUCAGCUUCAGCCGUGUUUUGUUUCCAUAGAUCCUGAAAAACUUGUAUAUAGUGUUUUUUCUUUUCCUGUGUGUGCAUUUGUGGGACCCACUUGGUUUGUGGUAUUCCAACAUGGCCACCAUGACUUCCAAAGCAUCGAAGCCAAUGUUCAGCCUUGUUCACAAUUCCCUGGUCAUAAUCUGCUCACUUGCAUGGAUGAGCUGAUUGAGACACUCUUCAUUUUGUGGUGUGACAGUUGUGCAUGCCCAUGUGGCACAUGGCUUGUCUUUCACAUCCCUGUCACCACUGCUGAAAUGUGCCACUCAGCACCUCACUGUGCUGACAUUCACUGUUUGGUCUCCGUAAGCAUUCAGCAUUGAUGAAUGUCAGUGGGUACAAUUUUUUCCUCAUGGAGGACUUUGCUGACACACCCUUUCUUCACACACACAUGCACAUCAGAUGUCAUUCUGCCAGGCUGCCCCUCUGCUGCCAUCUGUCACACGCCAAUAACAUGUAAUACUGGAGGGAGGGGUCAGCCUCUACUGCCAUACCACCAAUGUCUGCCUCUGACGUCAUGGUCCAACAUAAUAAAAUAGGAGGCAUUAUUUUCAGAGCAGCUGUCAUAGAUUUUCAUAUUAUAUCUAAAUUAACAUCCUACUGAAUAAGUUGUUCAUAGGGAUGUGUUGCUAAUAAUAACCUAAUGCACAGAUACAGUCCUAAAUUCUUUUUUAUUUUUUCCCUGAAUCUCAAAAUAAAGGGUGUGGUUCAAGUUUUUGGCAAAAAACAAUGAGGAAGAGGGAAAACUUUUAUAUUCUGUUUUGCUUAUGAUCUGUACUGUGGCCCUGAGUAGGUCAUUUAAUCUGUCAGUCUCCAUUUCUAUGUCUGUAAAGUGGAUGGGGGAUAAUAAAUGCAAUGAAACAUAAACUUGUGAAUGGCUUCAGAUCUGUGGAGAGGAAUGAACUAAAGAAACACUGAAUUUUAAUUAUAGUAAAAAUUGCUUUAACUUUAAAACGUCUGUAAAGGUUUGUACUUAAUGUGUCUACAUUUA